AUGAAGCAGCGAAUGAAUGUGGCCCUGAAAAGGUGGUACUCAUCCGAAAGGACGAAAAGCGCGAACCCAUUGAUCCUUAUUUCGAACAAUCAAAAUAUACAUUUUAAUUUAUCCCUAGAAAACUUCCUACUAAAUAAUUACAGCGAUUUGUUGAAAUACUUAAAUGUAAACACAAUUGAAAAAUAUGACGACCCUGUUUUGUUCUUAUGGAGAAACAACAGAUCAAUUAUAAUCGGAAAAAACCAAAAUAUCUGGAGUGAAUGCAAUUUAGAAAAUAUAAAAAAAGAUAAUGUCCAGGUGGCUCGUCGAUUCACAGGUGGAGGAGCCGUCUACCACGAUCUGGAAAAUGUCUGUUUUACCUUCUUGAAUAAUACCCUCAAUACAGAUAAUAAUUUCUCCAUCAUUUUAAAAACUCUGAAAAGGCACUUCUCCAUUGAUGCGAAGAAGCAGGGAAGAAAUGACAUAACUGUGAAUGAUCGCAAGUGCUCAGGCUCUGCAUUUAAGAAAGUGAGAAAUGUGUUCCUUCACCACGGGACUAUAAUGGUGAAUCUAGAGAAGGACGUUUUAAAAAUGUACUUAACUCCGGAUAAGAUGAAAUAUAUAAAACAUGGAGUGUCUAGUGUUAAUGCGCGGACAAUCAAUUUGAAGGAGAUAAACCAGAAUAUUACUUGCCAGAAUUUAUGCUGCGCGCUGAUUAAAGAAUUUGAAGCAUUUUACAAAAAGGGGGUAUCCGACACAGAGGGGGAAGGGAGCAACGCUGCUACAUUACAUGUGGAAGACUACACCUGUGGGGACAGCGGUGCCACGUCACUAGGACAGCCCAACGGCCAUCUCACCGCCAACCUAAACAAGAGGGAAAAAAGUACAGACAAUUUAGUCGACAUCUCGUCCCCCAUCUCAAACCAUUUCAAUAUCCAUUACAUAGAUACAAAUGAAAGCAUUACGAAAAAUCCAGAAUUUCUAAAAUAUCUCAAUUUGCUGAAAGAUUGGGAUUGGUGCUAUGGGAAAACUCCCAAGUUUCAAAACCGACUAUGUAGACAAUUCAAUUUUGGAAAACUCGAGAUCUUUUUUAACGUAUCGGAUGGGAUGAUUAAAGAUGGAAAUAUUUUUUCCGACUGCUUAGACGUCAACUUAGUGGAACAGUUAAAAUUUAUUUUUAACAAUGAUGUAAAGUAUUCCAAGGACAGCGUUUCUUCGUUUUUACGCGGCUUGAAAGUGGAGAAUAAGGACCCCCUGGCGGAAGUUACCGAGUGGAUUUUGCAGGAACUUUGA